AUGGAAGACAAUAAAGAGGUACAAUGCAAUAAAAAAACACCAGCAGAGUUCAUAAAUAGCAAGGAGAACAACUCAAAUCAUCUUGUUGAGCAUGGUCUUCCGCAAAUAACCAAUUCCCCUCUUCCGCCUGCCUUUGACAUUCCUGAGUCUUACAAUCAGCUGAACACAAUUCUUUCCUACUACAGCCUUCCAAACAUACAAGCCACUGAAGACUUUGAAGACAAAAUGACAAAAGUAAUUUUUAUUCUCAAAAAUGAAUAUUUGAAUUUGCCUACCAACGAACAGGAGGAUAUUGUUGAAAAGCUGAAAAUUAUCAAAGACUACAAGAAUUUAGAGGCUGAAUGUGAUGCCAGAGAGAUUGAGUUGGCAAAUAUGAAGAUUAGUGUGUCACAGAAGUACGGAAACAAGACUGCCGAAGAGCUCUCCCAGAUAUUAACAAGACUUAGGUCACAUGGAGAGUUGAAUGCGGAGUACGAACUAAACAAGAAUACUAUUCGAGGAAUAUAUGAUUUAGAACCAGGUGCCAUGAAGAAUCUUGCUUUCAUAAAGGAGAAUACAUUUGGUGCAUACGCCAAGCAAAGGGUUUUAGACAAGCUGAAAGGUCGAAACGAGGAAUGGGCACGGGUUCUUUUCAAAAUUGUAAAAGAGAACGAAUGCAAGGUUGAGACGAUAGGAAAAGAGCUGGAAAUUGACAGAGUAAGCCUUCUGAGGAUUAUUUACAAUUUCUGUGCAAAGGGAAUAUUAGAAUAUGACAGGCUGGAAGAUUUCGUAAAGAUUAAGGCAAACAAGCAUUAA